GCCCCGCGGUCGUGGCUGUGGCGGCAGCGGCUGAGGCGGCGGUAUGGAGGAGAGCGAGAGUACGCUGGGGGUGCUGUCCGGCUUCGUGCUCGGCGCGCUCACCUUCCAGCAUCUCAACACCGACUCAGACACGGAGGGAUUCCUUCUGGGUGAAAUGAAAGGUGAAGCCAAGAAUAGCAUUACUGAUUCACAAAUGGAUAAUGUUAAAGUUGUUUAUACAAUUGACAUUCAGAAAUAUAUUCCAUGCUACCGACUUUUUAGCUUUUAUAAUUCUUCAGGUGAAAUAAACGAACAUGCAUUGAGGAAAAUUCUUUCAAAUGCCAAAAAGACUGUGGUGGGUUGGUACAAAUUCCGCCGUCACUCGGAUCAGAUGAUGACAUUUAGAGAGCAGUUGCUACACAGAAACUUACAGACACAGCUUUCAAGCCCAGAGCUUGUUUUUCUACUGUUAACACCAAGUAUAACAACAGAAAGCUGCUCCACUCACUGUCUGGAACACGCCCUAUAUAAACAUCAAAAGGGGCUUUUUCACAGGGUGCCUUUGGUGGUUGCCAAUCUGGGAAUGUCUGAUCAACUGGGCUAUAAAACAGAGUCUGCUUCCUGUACGUCCACUGGCUUCAAUAAAGCCGUGAGGACACACAGUUCUCAAUUUUUUAAUGAAGAUGGAUCAUUAAAGGAGGUGCAUAAGAUAAAUGAAAUGUAUGCUGCUAUACAAGAAGAAUUAAGGAGUCUAUGCCAAAAAGUUGAACAAAGUGAACGAGAAGUAGAGAAACUAAUGACGGAUAUAAAUCGAUUAAAAGAAGCUAGAAAAGAACAGCAUGUGCAGACUAAGGCAGCAGGAGGGAAGACUGUCCAAAACAACCCCCAGGAGAACAUCCUUCUUUGUCAAGCUUUACGAACCUUUUUUCCAGAGUCCGAAGUUCUUCAUUCUUGUGUUAUUUCUUUGAAAAAUAGACAUAUUUCUCAAAGUGGGUGUAACACGAACCACCAUCUUGAUGUGGCUAACCUGACCUUAAUGGUGGAGUAUGUUCACAGCCCUGAUGCUAGCCCUGUAGCCCAGCUGACUAAGCGUAAGACUCUAGACACGCAAGACCAAUGGCCUGUGAAGAAACUACGAUUGGAGACAGAAACGAGACCCAUGACAGAUCCCCGAAGCAGUCACCAAAACAAAACUUCCUCAAGCAACCUAGAUAUAGACACAGAGAUGGGGAGCACAGAAGAGGAUGGUGAAUACCCUCGCUCUCCCACAUUCUGAUUCUUGUUAGACGAUGUUUUUGUCUUGACCGAGGUUCAAACCACUUGUUCCUAUUUUUACUGCAUUCAGCUGUUUAUAAUGUAUGAAUAAGGUAUUUUUACUGUUCAACCGUUUGUAAGAUGUAGGUAAGUUAAUGUUUUAUAAAGUAUCUUAGAAGUUCUUAUUUAUAUCUCAUACAUUGUAAAUGUGUCCAUGCUCAGCUAAGCUGCAACCUGUCCCUCACUCCCCAGCCUCUUGUCACUGCGCCUUCUGCUGGCCUGAUUUCCCUUUCAUGUCUCGUGUGCUCUUUGCCUUCCUCGCCACAUAGAUUCCUUGUUUCCUGUCUCAUGAUCCCUUUCUAUCAGUGUCUUGACCUCUGUUUAUCCACAUCGAAAGUACUUUUUAGAAAUAGAGAGAUUGUUUUUCUUCUUCUUUUUUUUUUUUUUGCCUUAUUUAUACUUGUGGGGCAGGAAUAGAAUCCAGGGCGGCCGUGUGAAUGGUAAGCAACUUCUCUACCAUUGAACUAGAGUCUAAAUUGUUUGAUUUUUUUUGUUUUGUUUUGCUUUUUGGUGUGGUUUUUGUUUUUGCUUUGUUUUGAGACAGGGUUUCUCUGUGUAGUUCUGGCUGUCCUCAAACUCAAAAAUAUCUGCCUGCCAAGUGCUGGGAUUAAUGAUACACGCCACCCUCUGGGCACUGGUGGCCCACACCUUUAAUCCCAGCACUGGGGAGGCAGAGGUAGGUGUAUCUCUGAGUUCAAGGCCAGCCUGGUCUACAGAGCAACUUGCAGAACAGACUUCAAAGCUACAGAGAAACCCUGUCUCAAAGAAAAGAAGAAAAGAUUCAUGCCACCACAUCCAGCUAAGAUGCUUUUAUUUCAAAGCAAAGACGUAAAUAGAUGCAUUCUUUUAAACUAGAACAUUCUCCAAAUUGGAAAUGAGAAACUAGCCUUGUUUUAUAGCACGGAAAUAAAGCACUAAAAGUUUGUGAGAUUGGGCCUGGAACUUGGCUCAGCGGGCACAGGCAUCUGCAAUCAAGACUGACAACCUGAGUUCGAUUCCUGGGCUCCCUCGAUGGAAGGAAAGAACCGCCUUCCACAAGUUCUUCUGACUUCCACACAUAUAUUCACUGUGGCAUACACAUGAAACCCCCAUAAAUAAAUGUUUGUAAAAUCUUA